AUGAGCACGCUGCAAGAUGCGAUACAGCUGUACUCGUCCUCAGACGAAGAAGGAGAAGAACAGGAGGAGAAGGAAGAGAGCAAGUACGAUGACGGGGCUGUGGUGAGCCACGUGUCCAGGUAUCAGCCUGCCCAAGACUCCUCGGUAGACGACGGUGAAGACGAAGACAGCGAAGACGAAGAGAAGGUUUCAGACCCGCCGCCACCUCGGAAGCGCUCGCAGAAGGAACGCGUCGUGACGGAUCCGUCCUCGGUCCCUACGCGAGCCCAGCAACUGCAGAAGCAGCACUGCGCAAGGCCCAAGAACACGCCGUGGCCGACGCGACUGUCGCGGGCGAAGCGACAUCGCGCAAAGCGAGCUCCGGUGCGCUACGGCGACAGGGUGUUGUACGCUCGGGGAGCUCCAGCUGCUGCAGUCGACCCACACCGUCAACUUGAUGGUCGAUCUCGCGAUCGCCCGCAACGCCACGGCGGAGUGUAA